AUCUCCUCCAAAGUGGGACCCAAUUGCUUAAAUUGGUUGCCAGUUGCAAGCCAAGAAAAAGAGACCAGUUGCUCCUAUGUUUGUAAACAAACCCAACUACAAAAACCCACCUUCCCCCACUCUUUUUUCUUCGCAUUUUUAUUUCCUUCUUCUCUCAGGCAUUUUCACAAACACUUUCCUAACACACUCGUUUUCUCUUUCACUAACAUGGCCAGACCACAACAGCGAUACCGAGGCGUCCGACAAAGGCAUUGGGGCUCUUGGGUGUCCGAAAUUCGUCACCCUUUAUUGAAGACUAGAAUUUGGCUCGGGACGUUUGAAACAGCCGAGGACGCGGCACGAGCCUACGAUGAAGCUGCAAGAUUAAUGUGCGGACCAAGGGCUCGAACCAAUUUCCCUUAUAACCCGAAUGCACCACAGUCAUCGACAGCAAAAUUACUGUCGGCGACUUUGACAGCAAAAUUGCAUAGAUGCUACAUGGCCUCUCUGCAAAUGACUAAACAAGCGUCACUCUACGAACAACAACAACAACAAAAGCCGCUAACUUCGCAUAUUAACGUUAACGGUAAUGGUUACGGUAACGGUAACACGACGGGCAAUGGCAUUGUGGUCAAAUGUGAGGAAUUGGGUAGUACUAAUUUACCUGAGAAAGGUGAGUUAUUACUAAUUCAAGAAACCGAAGCGAAUUGGGUUGUUAAAGAUGAAGCCGAGAGUAAUACUCAAGAGUUUAUUAUGCCACUUGAAGAACAUCAUAUAGACCAAAUGAUUGAAGAGUUACUUGAUCAUGACGGUUCUCUUGAGCUAUGCUCUCAAUCUGUGUAAUGUUUAGUAGAUUAUUAGUUUUGCUAAUUUUAAUUUAACCCCAAUUUUUGUAGCAGCCAUAUUCAAUGGUUGUUUUCAAGCGUUUUAGUGUUGUAGACUAAUGUAUAUAGAGUAUCUCAUAAUAAUAUAUCAUGUUAUCUUAA